AUGUCAAUACCCUCCUUUGAAGAACUAAGUUUGAAAGAUGAAGACUGUCUUUCACCUAUUGAGUCACAAUCCACAGACACCGAGUCUGACCAAGAAUUGGAGUCCGAUGGGAAAAAGAAAUUCAGCAAACACAUGUCUGUUGCUGAGGUGUACAUGGAGGCCUGCAAACGGGUGGGUGUGGUUCCAGUUUCCUACUUCAUUCGAAACCAUAGCUCCCCAACAAUGACACUCACCUACCAUGGCCUCGGACCUUUAGGUUGCAAAGCACUCGCUAUUGCUUUGGUGUCUGAUGUGCACAUCAGGACUCUUGAGUUGGCCGAUAAUCAUAUUCAAGCAGAGGGAGUAAAAUAUCUGGCAGAGCUGUUGAGGGCUAAUUUUACCAUCCAGCAUCUGGAUUUAUCCAACAAUCAUGUGAAAUCUGAAGGAGCUGAGCAUAUAGCUAAAAUGUUGAUGGACAGCAUUUCUUUAAAGUCCAUUAAACUUUCAGGAAAUGGAUUUGCAGAUGAUGAUGCUAAGCAUUUCACAGAAGCACUGUCAAACAAUUCCAGAAUAAAGGAUCUGGACCUGAGUCAUAAUAAGUUUUGUGGAAAAGGAGGAGAAUAUUUGGGACAGCUGCUAGCAAACAACGAAGGCAUGGAAGUUCUGGAUCUCAGCUGGAAUCACCUUAGAAUGAAAGGGGCUGUGGCUUUUUCUGCUGGUCUUAAGGUGAAUAUGAUGCUGAAACAUCUCGACUUAUCAUGGAACGGUUUUGGAAAUGAAGGAGCCUUAGCCAUGGGUGAGGCCCUAAAGUUCAACAACACUCUGGUGCAUCUAAAUCUAAGCAACAACUGCAUCACCAAUGAAGGAGUCAGUAUGCUCUGCAGAGGUCUGGAUUACAAUGAAACGCUACGAGUCCUCCUGCUGGCUUAUAACGCUGUAACAGUAGAGGGAGCUCUUGCCCUGGUGAAUGUGGUGAAGAACUCACCAAAAUCGGCUCUGGAGCAGAUCAACAUAUGUAAUGUUCUGGUGAAUGAGAACUUUGUGAAUCUUUUGGAACUGACAUGUCAGGAGCAUCCCGGUCUGGAUGUGCAGUAUGAAGGGGUCGGAGGUUUUAUAGCUCAAAAACCACCCAAACGCAUUGAUCCAAUGAAAGUCAUUCAGGAUUAUCUUGAUAAACGCAAACUGCGUUUAUGGGAUUUCUUUCGGAAUAUCGACAAAGAUGGCACCAUGCGAGUACCUGUCACUGACUUCAGGAAAGCUAUUCAGCAAUCAAGCAUUCCUUUGAGUCGAUUUCAGAUCGAGGAGCUGAUUCACAGACUUGAUCGAGGCCGAACAGGAAUGGUAGAUUAUAGGGGACUGGCAGAUACAAGAAAACAGAUGGUGAGAGAUCACCGUCGUCAGCUGAAGAAGGUGGAGUCCCGACAGAAGAAAGAGAAGCAGAAGAGUGACCGCAUACUGAAGACCUUCCAGACGGCAGUGGAAGCUGUCACACCUCGCAGCUCCAUGAUCUUCUCCCCAGGAGGCGCCAAGGAAGAUUCAGGUGGCCCACAGCCCUUUUCUGCUACCCCUCUCAGUUCCUGGCACCACAUUGUCAUGUCAAACAGCAGUCGCUACUCUGUCACUAAUAUGAGCGGCGACCAUGUUCAUCUGCCCAUGCUGGGAGGAACCUCCCCUUACCGUCCCACCAGUUCUCCAGCGAUGCGGUCCUACUCUCAACCCAACCUCCUGGUUGACUCCUCCACCUCUCCAACAAGCAAAUCCAUCUCUGCUCAGGGCAUUCGCUCCGAUCUAGAGACGGAUUACAGCAAGCUAAGUCCUUCUGGCAACAGCCUGACCAGGUCCAGGCCUGCUCUAAACAUACAGCAGCCAGAGAAUAAGGUCAAAACUAAGAAAUUAAAGAAACGAAAAGUGAAGAAGUAUGGUGUCAAAGACUCACAGAAUCCAACAAAAAUCAAGUAACACUGGCU